CUCGAGGACACCGAAGGAAACUCUUUUUUGGAAAUCAGCUGUCUGCUUUGCUUCUGUCGGCUCGCUGCCAGCCGCAGCCGGAGGCUCAGGAGAGGCUCCGACCCGGGCUGGGCUGGGAGCCUCCGAGGCAAAGAUCGCGAAGCUUGGCGGCCCAGAGCACUCAGGGGCAGGUGACACAGCCGUGGCUUCCCCGGCGCUGGCUUGACAGUUUCAUCCCCGCCCACUGGCGGGCGAGCGCGGGGCCGGGGUGCACGCGCGCUCAGGGGGCCAUAAAAGCCGCGGCCGCGCGGAGACGCGGAGCUCGCCCACCGCCCGCCCGCCGCAGCCGCAGCCGCAGCCACCAUGCACGUCAACGGCAAAGUGGCGCUGGUGACCGGCGCGGCGCAGGGCAUCGGCAGAGCCUUCGCGGAGGCGCUGCUGCACAAGGGCGCCAAGGUAGCGCUGGUGGAUUGGAAUCUGGAAGCAGGUGUGAAGUGUAAAGCUGCCCUGGAUGAGCAGUUUGAACCUCAGAAGACACUGUUCAUCCAGUGCGAUGUGGCUGACCAGGAACAGCUGAGAGAUACUUUCAGAAAAGUUGUAGACCACUUUGGAAGAUUGGACAUUUUGGUCAAUAAUGCUGGAGUGAAUAAUGAGAAAAAUUGGGAAAAAACUCUCCAAAUUAAUUUGGUUUCUGUUAUCAGCGGAACCUAUCUUGGUUUGGAUUACAUGAGCAAGCAAAAUGGAGGUGAAGGCGGCAUCAUUAUCAAUAUGUCAUCUUUAGCAGGACUCAUGCCUGUUGCACAGCAGCCUGUUUACUGUGCAUCAAAGCACGGCAUAAUUGGAUUCACACGCUCAGCAGCGAUGGCUGCUAAUCUUAUGAACAGUGGUGUGAGAAUGAAUGCCAUUUGUCCAGGCUUUGUUAAUACACCCAUCCUUGAAUCCAUUGAAAAAGAAGAAAACAUGGGACAAUAUAUAGAAUACAUGGGGCCCAUCAAGGCUAUGAUGAAAUACUAUGGAAUUUUGGACCCAUCAAUGAUUGCCAGUGGAUUAAUAACACUCAUUGAAGAUGAUGAUUUAAAUGGCGCUGUUAUGAAAAUCACAACUUCCAAGGGAAUUCAUUUUCAAGACUAUGAUACAACUUCACAUCUUGCAAACACUCAAUGAUCAGCCUAUAUAUCAGCCAUAACUGAAAAUAAGCACAAAUGACACAGACCAUCUCUUCAUUUGGACAUAGCUUUUUAAAUGAAAUAUUACAGUUUGAAGCUUUCCUUAAUGCAUUUGAUGUUGAUUUUCUAAGUUUUUAUUUAAAUAUAUGAAUAAACAUUAUGAACUAUCAAAAAUAUUGUAUGGGCCAGAGCUAGGUUGUGAUCUCUACAGUUUAAAAAAUGAUCAGAACAAAGGAUAUUCAAAGAAUAUUCUGCCUUUCAGAAAAUGUAUUUAAGUCUGUGGUUCGUAAAUAUUAAUGUUUUCCAGAACAUCAUUUCAAAGGAGAUACUUGAAUUGUUAUGUAAAUCAAGCAGAUGUAAAAAACUCAUUUUAUAUUUUCACACUUUAAAAGAGGGAAGCUACUUAACAAUGUCAGAUGUUUAGUGAUAAUAAUUUUUACUCUUAUACCAUCAUUCAGUUGAACAUUUCAGCUCUUUAAGUGACACAUUUGGAGGCCAGUAGAUAAAUAAAUUACAGUGUGAAUAUAUCCCAAACGAAAAUCUGAUGUACAGAAAAAUGACAGAAAGUACUUGGUUGAAACUGUUGAUGCGCAGUUCAGCCUCCCAUCUGGGAAACACAUUUCUUUCCUCUUUGCUUUCUUCAAGAACUUUAAUUGACUUCAAAAAACCUCAGGAAUUAAACUUUCAAUAGUUAUAGGAAUAAAGGAUAGUGCUUCAAAAAUUUUGUAUUUAAGAUACAUUCAUUUAGAAGACAUGUGCAGAUGUAAUUUUUUUUCAGAUUACUACUUUGUUGAUUUGUACCAAUUUCAAAAGUGCCCACCCUUCAAUAAAACUCUUUUACUCUAAUCUCCCCAUAAGUUACUUAGUCUUCUAUGUAUAGCUAUUGAGGAGAUGAAGCCAAUUUUGCCACAGCUGAAACUGUAAAUGUUUUUGUAAAUAUGCUGAAAUUCAUAAUAAAACAGGUAAAAAUA